AGUGUAUCGAGUAACUGUCAUUGUAUUUACCGACGGUCCCUCCUUUGGGAUCUACCGCCACUCCAGCCGCUCUUACCUGCUUCUGUGCGGGCCGGUUGGUGAGGCUUUCUUUUAAACAGCAGAUACUGAGCGCGCAAGUGGUAGGACCCAUGCUGAACUGCAAGUAACAGGCGAUGAGCACGUCCAUAAAUUUGAAGAACACACAGUUCUAUAAGGAAGUAAGGGGGGUUUCUAUGGAAAACCAAAGAAAUCUAAGGAGUAUGUCAAACCGUAUGUUAUCUGUAAAUUUCCCUCCAUCCAAAUGUGCAUUGUGGGACCCAGCUCCCAUGGGGGAUCCUUUUGGCUUGCAUUUCAGCUAUUACAGAAAUCCCAGAUUGCUUGUUUCGGAAAAGGCUUUGCGUCUUUCUUCUCGUCAUGCCAAGACCGGGAGAAAGCCUUUUUCCUGUUUCUUGCUGGGAACUUUUUCAGUAGAUGAAGAUGAGGAAGGUGUAACAUUAACGGUUGAUCGCUUUGACCCGGGCCGAGAGAAAACAGGCAGUGGCAGCAGUAAAGUCCCAACUGCACAGCUUCCUGGAGACUUUAUAAUCCCUUGCACUAUCAGUAUAGGAAAAGGCUCGAACAAUGUUAUUGUACAUACCCCUGAAGAUUUGACAUCCUCUUUUAUGAGUCUACAGAGCCAUCUUCACGGCAAAGAAGCCUUGGAUCUCGCUAAAUUGCUCGCCAUGAGAGCUCAUAUCACUUACACCGAGAACAUGGACAAUCUUCACUUUGAUCUUCACUGGGCGGCUGUUACUGUUGCAAAUACAUUUGAAAGUACUCCCAUAAAGCCUGUGCCAAUUAUACCCACAGCCUUAGCCAGGAAUCUGGGCAGUCAUAAUAAUAUUGCACAUCUUCAAGGAACACACAAAAGCGGGUAUCUGACAAUGGACCAGACACGGAAGCUGUUGCUUGUACUGGAAUCUGAUCCAAAGGUUUAUAUGUUGCCGCUUGUGGGAAUAUGGCUAAGUGGUAUAACUCAUAUUCACAGCCCCCAGGUAUGGGCUGCCUGCUUGAGAUAUAUAUUCAGUUCUUCAAUACAUGAAAGGGUGCUCUCAGAGUCUGGGAGUUUCCUUAUCAUUCUCUAUUCGCUUACACACAAGGAGCCAGAGUUUUAUGAAUGUAGUCCUUGUGUAAAGCAUGACCCACUGGGCUUUCAGUUGCUGACCUGCCAAGAUACAUUACAUCUUUUCAAAAAUGCUGAAGUUUCAAAAAAUCCACUCCUUCGGUUUGAACUUUCCAGUGAAUGUCAGGAAUUGGAGGCUGACUUGUUUAAUGAAACCUGCAAGAACAAGUCCACCACUGUUUUUAAACAAAGUCCACUUCCUAAUAAACUGUCAACAAGCGACCAUGAUUCUGGAGUGGAAGAGGAAGAUUUUUCCCCAAGACCAUCUCCUCGGCCCCAUCCUUCAGUCCAACAGGUAUCCAGAAUUCAUCCAUCUGUUCCUGAACUUUCUUUGGUCUUCAGCAGUUUCUUUGACCCCAAAUCUGCUUCACACAACCCAGAAAACAGGACUAGAAACAACUCUCCAUUUUCCUCAACUCCACAAAAUGUAAAUAAUAUGUUUGCUGGUGCACCCAAACCCAACAAAGAACCACAACCCUGUGAUAAUCAGGCUAGCGGUUUACUCCCAAGACCUGCUCCUUCUCUGAACACAAAUUCAACAGCAAUGAAACCUUCCAAAGUUAAAUCUUCCCCAGCUGAUUAUCAGCCCCCUCACCUACAGUCAUCUAACCAGAUCAGGAGAAACUCCACAUCUACCUCUUCUGCCUUUUCAACCCCAAGGAGUGGAUGCUCCCCAGACUCUACAGUACAUCAGGUUAAAGGAUCAUGUGAACAAGAACAAAACAUAAAUGGAAGUGCACAGCCACAAGGGACAACUCCAUUAAUGAGGUCUGGAUCCUAUUCCCGGCAGGUUUCAUCAAAUUUUCCCAACCAUAAUGUCACUUUUCCACUCCAUUCAAGGCAUGUGGCAGAAGUGGCAAAACCAUCUCCUAAUCUGGCACCCUUUCAUCAAACUAAUGUUUGCACCAGUUGCCAUAGUCCUGUAUCUUGCCAUUCAAAAAACUGUUGGCCUGCCAUGGGACAUUUAACUUACCAUACUAUGGAAAAUCCACCUGAAACUUGUGAAAGUGUUAUGCCUGCUUACCAAAAUGUGGUUUGUCCUAGUGUCUGCUGCCCACAAACUGCAGGUAAAACAGAGUUUUGUUCUCCUGUUGACCUAGUAUUACUGUCACCAGGGAGGAGAGACUCUUUGCCAUUAAACCCUUGCAGUCCUCACACAUGUAGACAUACUCCACCUCCAGUUAUCCCUACAGCUACUGGAAUGCUUGGCCUUUCUACAGAAGCUUAUCGGCUCUUUGCGGAACAGGACAAACAGCUGAAACUGCUCCAGGCUCAGAUUCAGCGUUUGCUGGAAGCUCAAGCAGCCGAGUCUGAACCUUCUAAGACAACCAUCCCUAAUAACUCCAAGCAGAAGCAAGUUGAAUCUGUUUCCACUGAGCAAGAAAUAAAAACAAGUGUUAGCAUUGCUGUCAGUACAGGUGCAAGUUUAUUUUGGAACCCUCCUUGUCCAGAGAAAGAAGAGUCCAUGGAUAAACAAGAUGAUUCUGCUUUCUGUAAUGAGUUUAGUGUUAAUGUGAACACUGAAGAUACAAGUCACGCCACUAUCACUUCCUCCAUUAGGGCAGUGGACAUACACAGUUUUUCAGAAAGCACUCAGCUGACUGACCGUGGAAAUUGCACGGCUUCCUUACAUGUUUCCCAUGAAAGGGAUGAUGCCAGUUACCCAUUACCUGAUGUACAACAGGACAUUAACAAUUCUAAAAGCCUUUCAAAUCAAACUGAUCACACGGAGAGCCCAAACACAGCAGAGAUUGACAGUGGAGUAUCUGCUGUUCGUCCAGAGAAGUUUUAUCAGGAUUUACUGACUCAGGUAAACAAUCUAUUGAAGACCUCAUCAACUGAGGAUGAGAUGACCAGUACAAAAAUUGAUUCAGGCCAUAUAAUAGAGAAGACAGAGUCUUUGCCUUGUAACCCUACUGAAAAUAAUGACAAAAAUGUGCUAAAGGCAACUCUGAAACAGCUGAAGAGUCUGGGAGUAAAUAUCGAUAUGAAUACAUCUGCGCUGCAGGCAACUAAGGCUGACACUGCAGACAGUGCAAGCAUACUUGCCUGUAUCAAUCCAGAGGCAGUUAUCCCUAGACUAAACUACAUGUCUUUCUCUAAUAUUGGCUUGAGUGGGUUUGUCCCUAAUGGGGUGGACUUAAGCAUGGAGGCAAAUGCCAUUGCCUUGAAGUAUCUAAAUGAAUCCCAGCUGAACCAGCUUUCCCUGAGCCAUGCAAAUAAGAACAAGCAAAGUGAUUCUAUAUCUUACAACAGUCUCUUACCUGGAACUACUGAGAAAAGCAUGGUUGGGCUUAGUUUGAUUUCUCCAAGCAACAUGUCUUUUGCGACCAAGAAAUACAUGAAACGAUAUGGCUUGAUAGAAAGUAGCGACAGCAGCAUGGAGGAACCCGAUUUAGCCAAUGCCAGUAGCUUUGCCUUGACACCGAUGUCCAGUGAUUCCACAAGUGAAAAUAGACUGUUCUUUAAUGAUUCCUGUAAAGAUGGCAACUUUGUUACUUGUGAGGAGCAGAAAAGGAAAAAUGCUGACGUUGACUCUGCCAUUGGGUGGGCUCAUCAUCCAGAAACAAAUAAACUAAGAAAUAUUACAAAUGAGAUCUCAGGGAAGUUUAUAAACGUGGCACCUCUGCAGGAGGAUAGACCUUUGCAUUUCCUGAAAGACUUAAAGGCCAGGACAAAAUUGUCAGCAGGAAAAGCGCAAUUUACUCAGCACCCAGAAAAAGAGAACACUGGGGAUGUGCAGUUUUUUCAUGAAAAACAUGAUGGCUUCUCUGGAAAAAAGAGUCUUGGUGGAACAAGUACAGUCGGUGAUAUUUUAGAUGUUAACAGACUUAGGCAGCUUCCCAAACUGUUCUGAAUGCUUUUUACUCAGUUUUUUUUAUAAUAAUCUAUCCAUUCCUUCCCAUGGAAGAUGUGAUCUAAAAGCUAAACAUUUUGCAAAGCAGAACUGGUUAUGUUGAUGCUGUGCUGUUGUCACUGUUAAACCUGUGUCAUUUUUCUACUAGAUCUGGCUAAAUUUAGUUUUUCUUUAAGCUCUGCUGAUGUCCCUCCAUUUUUAUUGUGUGUCUGUAAAAGGAGGAGUAUGCUCCUGUGGAAUACACAAUUACCCCCUUACUGCUUUAAGUUCUUAAACUGUGAUAACGUGAAACAUGCAGGCACAGUUCAUGUACACCUUUAAAUGAUGCUGAUUACUUUAUUUAUAAUUCCAGUUAUUUUUAAUAAUGUGAGAUUUCUCAAGCUAUCCUUUUUAUUAAGAGUUUACACUUUGCACUUACUGCAUGUCUUUUAAUUGUGUGUGCGACUGUGUUGUAGUACUUGUAUGGAAUGCAGAAAACAGGUAACCUUUCUGUUUGCACAUUUUAACUGAUCUUGGGUGACUGCUGCAUAUACUGUUUUUAUUGGUGUAUAACUGUUAUAUAUUUUAUAUUUUUAAUAAAGACAAACGUAUUACUA